AUGUUGCGUCGUCAGACUAUUGACCUGGUCCAGGAGAACGUGAGGUUGAAAGCGGAGGUUGCCAGUAGAUCUCCUCAGAAGUUUGGCCGGUACACGGUAGCAGCUUUGGAAGCUAAGAUCCAUCAGUACGAAAGAGAUUUGGACCACCUGAAGAAAGCUCUGGAACGCAGCGACCAGUACAUAGAAGAACUGGAGGCUCGGGGUGGAGGGGUCGCGGAGAGGCUCCCGAGAAACCCGAGAGAGGCGUCCCAGGGCCACACCGAUGCCCGUCCAGAGAGCACCUCCUCUGGGGAAGGUGAAGCCGAGACCAGGGUCCACUAUCAGAGGAUCAGUGCCACGACGAGGAGUCUGAGUGACAUGGAGAAGGCCUCCGUCUGCUCCGGUCUGGAGGGAGAAUCCAAGACGUUGUCCGCUCACCACAACUACCUCCUGACGACCUCUAACGCCGUGCAGCUCGACGCCGUCGGCUCCGACACGUUCCGGGACCACCGGAGAGGUUUCGGCGUGACCCUCCUCGGACACAAAGACUCUAUAGAUACCGAUAGGAUUGACGCCAUCGUUCCCUCUGACCUCUUCCUGCUCUCCACUCCCUCCUCCGCCUUCCGCUCUCUCAGUCUGAAGAGUCCCAGUGUUGGUGAAGACAAGAAGCUUGGUUAUAAGGCUGUGACCCAUCUGAGGAGACUCCGUUUUGAGGACAGUGUAACACCCAGCAGUAGCAGCAGCGUCUCCACCGUAGCAACUAAACGGUCCAAUCACACUGCUCAGUUGUCCAACGGUGUGUCUUCCUGCAACGCAGCCGAGCCGGGACUCUCCACUACCGCCGAGCCGUUGUUCUGGGCUGCAGCCUGGCAGAGCCGCAAGGCUUCUGAUAUGACCUCCGUGACCUCUGUGACGUCACCCAAUCACAACGGAGAGGAGGAGGAGGAGGAGAGGAGGCAGCUCAACACGUCUUCGGGGUCGGGGCACGGCGAGAGAAACCAAACAGCGGGAGUCACCACGUCCCGCGAUCUGACAGAGGACGAAGCCUUCAUGGACGAAGCCUUCAUGGACGUAGCCUAUCUGGAUAAGAUCUCUGAGCUGGACUCUAUGAUGCUGGAGGGGCCAGAGAGCUGCGGCUCGGCAGGGUCGCACCUGUCCCUGGCUUCCUCCCUGACUUCUGCCGACACACCGGACUUGACCCUUGACCUCAGACUGGAUGUGACCCUGGUACCUGAGGUGGAGGGCUGCUCUGAACUCUUCCUGGAUCCUGACUCUGAGCAGGACCGAGGUGGACAGACCGAGGCGGAGGAUUUCGACUUGGCGUGUCGGAUAAAGGGAACCUCUUCGUCUCCGGUCACAGUGUCAGAGACUCGGGCAGCUUCUCUAGCGCCCACAUCUACGACGACGCGUCUACGGACGACGACGGCAACCAGGUCUGGAUCCUCCUCUGGGAGAGACGCUGGCAACGGGGACCACAGUCUUCUAGACCGUACGGGGCCCGCUAGAGAACAGGGACACCUCUCUGACCCGUCUCAGACCGAUGAACUGUCCUUCGACCUGCUGUUUGACCCCUUAACAGAGACCCGGACGGGACCAGGAGGGCCGUCGGCCUGGCAGGCCUCAGCCAACCACCACCACGACAUCUCGUCUGACUGCUGCUCGGCACAUAGACCUGGUGGAGACGCUCUCAUUGUGUUCGUCUGUAUCCCCUAA